UUCUUGAUCUCUUUGAUUUUGAAUCUCCGGCUAAUGGAAGCGUUCCAAGAGGCCACAAAGGAGCAAUCUUUGAUUCUUAAAGGGAAGCGGACGAAGCGACAACGUCCACAAUCUCCUAUUCCGUUCUCUAUGAUCUCCCCUCCCAUAGUUUCUUCCCCAGCACGCGACAUGGAUGGAGAAUUCACUUAUCUUGAUUCCAAGGACAAUGCUAUAGGCGGGAACGAUGAGGUAAACCACAAAAAGGAUGGUUUGAUCACGUCUUCAUCUUCAUCAGCCUCUUGGUCUUCCCACAACGACACAACAUUGAAGGCAGCAGAAGACGAGGAAGAUCAAGACAUAGCCAAUUGUUUGAUCCUCCUUGCCCAAGGGCACUUUCUUCCCCACAGCAACCAACACUUAACAAACAGCAACAACAACAGCAAUACUGCAGCGUAUAGAUUCACCAGCAGGAGGUUUCUAGAGACUUCUUCUUCUAACGGUGGUGGUAAAGCCGGUUACUACGUAUAUCAGUGCAAGACAUGUGACCGGACCUUCCCUUCUUUCCAGGCUUUGGGUGGCCAUAGAGCUAGCCACAAGAAACCUAAAGCCACCUCUUUCUACUCCAACCUUGACAUCAAGAAGAACGUUUAUGCGAACGACGCCGCUUCACUCGUCACAACCACAACUGUUUACAAUAACAACAAGAACAAUAACAAUAGAUCGCUUGUCGUGUACGGUAAGGCAAGUAACAAUAAGGUUCAUGAAUGUGGAAUCUGUGGAGCCGAGUUUACGUCCGGACAAGCCUUAGGUGGCCACAUGAGACGGCACAGAGGCGCGGUUGUAGUAGCGGCGACGGUAGCCCCCACGGUGACGGUGGCCACGGCUGCGGCCAACACGGAGCUAUCACUGUCGUCGAUGUCGUUCGAUCAAAUAUCGGACGGUCAGGAUAAUCUGGUGAUGCCAGAGAGAAAGAAAGCUAGGAAGACGGUCGUGUCACUGGAUUUGGAUCUGAAUCUACCAGCACCGGAAGAUGAGAACCGGGUCAACAACGGGUACAGCUUUGCUUCAAAGCAAAAUCAAGAACAAGAAGAGCAACAGAUGAAGCAAAGAGAAGAACCAAAGUCUCUUGUCUUGUCUGCUCCUCCUACUUUAGUGGAUUGCCACUACUGAAUUUAUUAUAACAAUUCAUUAUUUAACCCCAAAAUUAUUAUUUUUAAAAAU